UAGUAUUACAGUGCGAUACCCAGAUUAUACUUGAUUACAAUAGCCAUGGCUACAAUAUCAAGGACUCACCGGUUCACUGAUGACUGUCAAUGAUGCUACUUCGAUAUCUCAUGACAUUGUUUUCUCAUUCAUUACUUUGUAGCACCUGCGAUUCGCCUAGGCCGGCGACCCUGCAAUUGCUGCCAGUGCGCAUGCGGCAUAAUGAAGUGUCUUUCAUGACCCGAUACUCAUACUCAUUCUUGACACGCGCUUGGUCAAAGAUCCCUGGUACUUGUCGUGGUCCAGCAUACUAUGGAAAGCCUAACGUCCGUGCUCUGUUACUUGCUCCAAAUAGGGCAGUCACAUAAUUGGGACACCGUGCACCCUUGACAAGUUAUUUAAGUAGGUAAUUCCUAUCCAACUAUGCUACGUAGGUUUCAUAGGACCACAAGAGUUCGGUGUUGCCGAAUUUGACCUUGCUUGCCUG